AUGGCCGCCCGCGACGACGAGGCGGCCGCGUCGCCUCCUGCCUUGCCGGCGGAACCACCGCACGAUGCGGACUCGCUGCUCGUCCACCCCGGCAGCCCGCGAAGUCCUCCGCCUCUGAGCAGCCGUACCUCGCCUUUACCCCCACAACCACCAAACUCGCCGCCCUCAAACCCCAGUUCUGGAACCGAGGAGACGGACCUCAAGGCUGAUUGUGAUGCCCCUGAGGAUCCAACUGGCGGCGACAACGAUGAGAAGCAGCAGCCCCCAGAGCCGCCACAGCCGCGCUUCACGAUUGACCCGGAUGGCGAGCUCACCUUUGAUGAAACGACCGUCGAUGUCGUCACCGUGCCGUGUCCCGGAGGACACCCUCUGCGCAGCUGGACCAGGGACGGGCUGCUGGGACGCUACUUUGGCGCACCGUCGAUGCGCGACACCACCACUGGGGCAAAGGCCGAGUCUGGGACGGGGUCUGGCUCGGGAACGGGACAGUCGCAGGACGACCGCGGUCCGUCGUGGGUGCGCCAGGGCAUCCGGCGGGAGGCGAGCCGCGCACGCAUUCUCCUGUAUGAGCACCCUUCCGUGGACGCCGAGGGCACAACGCUUGGGUCGUUGGCAGACUGCCUGCUGCGGGAGCUAGCCGCCUUGAGGGCCCGCGAGGACCAACGCGAAGGAGAAGGGCGCGGACAGGCACAGCGGCCGCUGGUGUUUGUCGGACACAGCUUGGGCGGGCUGGUGGUCAAGAUGGCGCUGUGCAAAGCCAGCAGGGACGCGCGGUACGAGGGCAUUGUGCGGGAGUGCUACGGUGUGGCCUUUUUCGGCACUCCCCACCAAGGUUCUAGCUACUUUGCCAUGCCGAGUCUUGCUACCAGCAUCCAGGCCCUGCUGCAGCUAUCUGCUCCGCUCCCUGCGAGCAUCACCGAUGACCUCCGCGUGGGCAACAGCCUGUUGCUGCACGUCGACGAGGACUUCAAGUCCGUCUCCAGCGACGUCCAGGUCUGGACCUUUUAUGAGACAAUCGACUCGCGCCUGUCGGGAGGCAACAGCAACGCUAGCAAGGACAAGGAUGGCGACGUCUACUUCACGGCGCCGCUCACUUCCAUCAAGUCGGCCAUCCUCGGCAUGCGCCAGGAGAGCAUCUUUCCCCUGCAGAGCGACCACGCCAACAUGGCCUCGUUUGGCCGCCACAACGUGCAUACUCUACGGCUCUUCCUACGCCAGCUCGCCGCGUGCAUCAACCACGCCGACACCGUGUCCAAGGAUGCCGACGCGGGGCGUUGGACCCUCGGUCUCGAGCAAAAGGUCAACGUCGAGGUUCACGGCUUCUUUGACGACCCGCCUCUGCCGCCACAGCUUGGAGGUGAUGCCGCGGUCAACGUCGUGCGCGCGUGGUCGACAAGAUUGCCACUCAAGGAAUUCCUCGCCAAGGGCCCUGAGGCGUGUCUGAGCGAGCGGCUCAACGAGGUGGAUGGCGCACCUGAAGAGAGUCGUUUCCUGCGCUCGAGAGGACGGACGUCUCUCAUCGAGCGUCAGCAGGAGCAGACCGAGAUGCCUUUUGCAGCCCCCGAGCCUCUGACCAUCAAGAACGCGCUCGGGAUCCAGGACCGCACGGCGGCGGCCCGACAGACGGUAACCCCAGGCUCACCCAUCAUUCGCCCCAUCGACGUGCUGCCUCCCGCCCCGCGACAGCAAGGCAGGAGGGAAUCUCGGUCCAGUGCCCCAGCGGCGGCGGCCAGGGGCACUGGCGGAGGAAGCAGUGCCGUCAACACGCCGCCGUCGAGGGCCAUGUCACCCCCCACGAGGCACUCGACGCCACUCAUGGGCCGCUCCUCGGCACUCAUACGCGCGGACUUUGACCAGGAUCUUGCCGUGGACAGGCUCUCGCCGCCGAUGCGUCCGCGCGUAGGGCGCUCCGUCAGCCGCAGCUUCAGUCUGGGAAGCGACCGCUCGCCCAUAGAGUACAAAGACUUUCCUCCGUUUUCGCAGCGGAGCCGCAGCACCGUGGAUGCCAUCAUGGGCGGCAGCGCUUAUAGCGACGAUGGCGAAGACGAAGACGGCCUCGAGGCGUCGCCGCGGUUACCGGACGCUGUGGUAGCGAUUCGCAAGGCAGUCCAAGGGGCAAGGGGCCGUGUGACGGAGACGGUGGUGGUCGACGAAGUGCCCGUGGCCUUUGUGCGGCCGGAUGUCAAGGCCCGGAGAUUCGUUUGGGUGCAUGUGCCGUUCAACAACCCGACGUGGGUCAAGGACGUGCUGCAAACGCUCGAAGUGUCGUACAAGAGGGACUACUCGUCGCUGUACAGCCACGACUUUUGGGCGACGCGGCAUACGCGCGGGAGACAUGCGCAGCAUUACGCAUACUUUGCGAAGCCCGGGUGCUACUUUACGGCGCCGAGAACAUUGUCACCUCGCCCGUCUCUAGCCAGCCCGGCGCUGUCGCCCGCCGUGACCCAAGACUCGCUCUGCACUUGUCUGUUCCUGCCGUACCUGCAUUUCGACUCGUAUAAGCGGCUCAUUCGCCGACGGGAGGUGAUACUCCGGAGGCUUGGCCACGGACGGUCGCGCCCGGUGCCGGAGCUGGUUGCCAAGUCGGACUCGCUCGAGUUGCAGGUUGUGUGGGAGUAUCUGGGGCACGAUCCACCCAUCAACUGCCGCCGCACACUGGAUCAGUAUGGGUAUCCGAGCCUGCGGGACACGCGGUCGCGAGACGACGAUCAGAUGCUCUACAAGCUGACCAAGGAGCGGCCGUGCGGACCAGACCAGGACGGCAGGACCGGCGUAUACGCGCAGUGGUCAACGACGGGGAGCGGAGGUAGCUCGGAAAAGGACGCGGGACAGUCGAGCGCGGCGUCAGGUUGGAGGGAGAGGUUGACGGGGAGAGGGCAAGCCGACAAUGACGCGGAGGAGGACUCGCUACUGAAUGGCAAUGUCCUGAUGGUGGACCAACUGUGGCUUUGGGUCAUCCAUUCUCACACGGUCGUGUCCUUUUUUCCCAAGCGUGAGAGCGACCCGAUCGAGGGCCCCCUCUAUCAGCAGGCGGACCUCCGGGACAGCAUCUUCAACGAAGUCAAUGUGGACCUGACGCGGCAGUGCGAGAACGCGCUGGACCUCGCGGCGCUGGCGGCGCUGCAUGCCGUGAGCGUGCUGCUGGACAGGUCGUCGCACCCCGACCUGGAAGUCUUUCGCAUUUUUGAGGAGGCCAUUAGUGUCUUGACCGAGAGACUCACCCAGUCGCUGAAAGAGUUCCGGACGGUGGGCUUCCGCGACAAGGCAUUCGACUACGAACCCGUGGAGAACAAGGCACGGUCCAUCCGGGCGCGGCAUAAAGAAGAGGGCCAGCGCGCGGAGCAGGAGAACCGAGACAACACGUCGGCGCUGCUGGAGCUGCGGGACAUUGAGGACGAGCUGCUGACGCUGCUGCACCUGUUUGAGCGACAGAGCAAGGUCGUGUCGACUAUGCACGCCACAUAUGCGCGGCCAGAGCUCCGUGAGCAUACGGCCAACGGGCGCGUGUUCCUUUCCGAGGCGCUCAAGCGGCUGCGCGAGUACGGACAGCAGGCCGACGAGAUGAUUGCGCGGGUGCGCUCGACGCGAGACGACUACGACAAGCUACUGCAGAUGGUCCAACGACAAGCGCAGGUGGACGAGGUGCGCCUCAGCCGGCUGCACGCGGACCUGGCGAGCGCGCAGAGCCGCAGCGUGAUGAUCUUUACGACCUUUACCGUCAUCUUCCUCCCGUUGACGUUCUUCACCGGGCUGUUUGGUAUGAACACGCAGGAAUGGGGCGGCGAGAACAACCUGAGUCUUAAGACCAUCGGGGCGAUUGCGUUGCCGGCGAGCUUCGUGCUCGUGGUCGGCAGCCUGGUCGUGGCCUUUAGCACGAACGCGCGGACGGUGUUUCGCUGGCUCGGAAGAGCAUAUGGCCGGGGGGCCCGUUGGGUGUACAUCGUCUUGUGCAUGCCCGUGCUGGCGCUGGUGCUCGACUGGGGACACGAUGUGCGCGAGAGGGUGUUGGCAGGUAGGGGCCGCAAAGGCGAGGACGGAGACGGUGGCGAUGCGGGCAAGGACGCGCGCCGGGGCAGACGGGGCGGAGCUGGAGCCCGGAGGAGGGCGGCGUUGCAGAAGGAGGCGAGCGACUUUUGGGAGAGGCACAGGCUCGAGCGAGAGAGGGGCUACCACAUCCCGCAGGUGAACCGCCGACACGACGGAACGGGGCCGCCGGGAGGGAGGCUGGACGGAGGCGGGACGGGGGGUAGUUCGGGGAGCGGGACGUUUGCGAGGAAGAGAAGGUAG